AUGACUGCCAAAGAAACAACUGUCGAUGAAGCAAUGAAUGCAGUCGAUGACACCUCCCGUCGCUUCAAAAGAGUGGGCAACGUUGGAGGCACGAUCAAGGACGAGGAGGGUCUACCUCCGGCAUUUCCAGGUGUCGCAAAAUGGCUUCCGCUGUUGCCGCAAGUCUUUACCUCUAUUCACUCACAUCUUGAAGGCAUUACCAGGGGGGGUUCUGAAACAUCGGAGCAGCGCCAGUCUUUCCACCAAAUCAAGCAAUCUGCUGAAGCUUGCGAUGGUCUCGCCAAGAUCAUCGAGUCUAUGUUCAGUGCGAUCAAGAAAGGGACAAAUGCCAUGGAAAAGGCAGCGCAAUAUGCAGCUGUGGUGGAAGCGAACGGCGAUCAGGUAGUGGAGAAGCUGAUGGAAGAUGUGCUCAACCAGAUGAUGGUGGUAGCGAAACCGCCUUGGGUAGCUGACGAGGUUGUCACCGAGCUGGACAUUGCUUUAGGUGAAAUCACACAGCUUCCUCCUUCACUGCAAAAGAAACAGCAUGGAUCAAACACUCAAAUUCAGUACGGUAACGGAAUCAUGAUGCUGCAUAACGGAAAAGGUACGCAGGCUAGCACCGUUGGAGGGCUCCAGGUGAACGGUCCGAAUGAGAAUGCUCAGUACCAUGUCGGGUCUUGA